GUCAGGGCAGGAGCCAUGGGCACGCUGAUUGACACCAUAGCACGGAGUGAGCUUCUUGCCGUCCUCGGACUGCUGGCCCUUGUGGGGACAGUCCCAUCAGUAUGUGCCUAUCGAGUGUUGGGCAUAUUUCCGAUCCCGGCUAGCAGCCACAACGUCAUGUUCGAGGCCACGAUGCAGGCCCUGGCGGACAGCGGCCACGAGGUGGUGGACUUGAGUCCCUUUCCGCUGAAGCAGCCCCGCGCCAACUACACCGACGUGGACUUGUCGAAGGAGCUCCCGACCUACGUGAACAGCAUGAAGUUCACCGAAAUGGUGGACUUUGACUUGAUGGGAUUGUUCGACUUGCUCGAUAGAAAUACUGGGCCCGGCCUUUGCCGCAAGGUGUUCCAGACCAAGCAGUUCCAGGACAUCAUGAGUGGAGCCUACGGCAAAUUCGACGUCGUCUUCACCGAGAUCUGCGGCUCUGACUGCUGGGGUCUUCGUACCAGCAAAAUCGGAUUCCUUGUCCAAAAUUACGCUUAGAGAACUUUGACGCACUCA